AUGGAAAACUCAUUGGAAAACGUCGACACCGUCGUCGAGGAGGUGAUGGAAGAGAUCAUAGCUUCAGUGGUUUCGGACUCGAGCCAAAUCGAGUCGACCGUCCACUCGGUUCUCCGGGACAUCAUGGCAAUGGCAUUUGGACACCAUAAUACACAACUGGAAACCGACACCGUUAAAGUGGAAUGCCGAGACAGACGGAUGGUCGCCAUCGUAGAUCAGUUGGUCGACGCAAUGGUGCACCUUGUGUCGGAAACGUUGUCCGCCGCGCCGCACGUA